AUAUAUAUAUAUACACACGCACAUAUUUGCAGGUGGGAAGUGCUUUAUUUAUCACUUCUCAACUUCUCUUUCUUUCUCUCACAUAUGGAGAACUCCAUGAAUUCAAUGUUUAGACCAUCAUCCCCAGUGGGUGAUGAAACUCCUGAGGAAAGUAGUUGGACUAUGUAUUUUCAAGAUUUCUCAAAUGAUAUCCAGAUGGAUGGUAACAGCAGCAGCUGUUAUUGUUCUUCUUACAUCAAUUACCAAACAUCAUCGCUGCUGUCUGAUGCAGCUUGUUCUGCGGCUGGACCACAUGUUUUGGAUCAAAAAAGCUGUAAGAAGAACAGGUUGAGUUUCAAGAAAAGGAAGAAUAAUGGAUCAUCUGCUGCUGGUUUCGUUGAUGAUGAUUUGGAAGAUACUGCUAGCUCUCCUGUUAACAGCCCCAAGAUUUGUAACACUAACAUGGAGAACCAAUUUGAUAAGAACCUGAAGAUGAAAGAUGCUAUGGACAAAUCUCAGAAGAACAAAGGAAGCGGUUCAUCAGGACAGACAGAUGAGAGAAACGAUGAAACCGAACUAAAGAAAAAGGGUCUUUGUUUAGUUCCAUUGUCAAUGGUAGUACAAUACCUAGGUUGAUUUCAGUUUUAUUACCAAUCCUAUGUAUAUCACUCUCUCUCUCUCCCUGUCUUCACCUGCAUCAAUGCAAAACAGUAAUGUUGCUUCAUAUUUUUGUUGUCUGGAAGUAUAUAUGGACAAUGAUGCACUUUGAAUGGAAAAAAAAAAUGUUUAGGAGAAGAACAAA